AUGUCAGGUAUUACACAUAUGGUAUCUGAAGGGACCUGUGAUGAGUAUCUGGCUGGCCUCUGGCGAAGCUCAUUUGUCGUCCAUUUAGCAUGGUACGUUUGUGGUUAUAUACAGAGUGGAUCAAUAGAGGACCUGGCUAGCCCGUGCAGUCCAUGCAACGAGUACAUAGCACCUACGUGGUCCUGGGCCUCCACCGCAAUGAAGGAUACGGUCGAGAUGCAUGGAAAGUCCGAAGAUGCCAGGACCCUGACCGUUCUGAUCGAUGCAAAGGUGGAUGUGAAAGGGGGAAAUAAGUUUGGCGAAGUAUCAGGCGGCUUUAUACAGCUCCGUGGGCCUGUUUGUGAAAUGCAGCUUUACUACGAUGAUGUAUGGUACCGUGUCCAACCUAGACCUUUAAAAGAAGGGGAGGUCAACGAGACAUAUCAGAUAAGAAUCUUUCCUGAUACGAGACUAUGUGCUGGAGAUGGACUCUUGGAGACAGGCGAGGUGGUACCCACGAUAUGCCGCAAAUACGCAGAUCUUCAGACCGAAGACUUCGGACUAGGCGACAAUGCAUAUCAUGCAAUAUAUAUGAUUGCUUUGUGGAGGACCCGUACUCAUGUCGCUGGUAUUGUCAUUGGACGAUCUCCUCGAGUCCCAGGCGCUUAUGAACGGCUGGGGAUGGUUAAUGGUCGGCUGAAGAUUGAAAAGGGGUUCGUGGACUCCACGAUUACAAUUGUUUAG